CUUCUCGUCAUCACACAAGUGUCUGGUCUCUCGUUAUCACUCAACGGUCACAGAGAGGAACCCGCAGACUUUCGCCUCACUUCAGACAUGCCUUUCGGAGGAGGAAGCAAAUGCGGCUGCUGCCAGAAAACCGUCUACUUUGCUGAGGAAGUGCAGUGCGAGGGCAAGAGCUGGCACAAAUCCUGUUUUCUGUGCAUGGUCUGUAAGAAGAACUUGGAUAGCACCACAGUGGCUGUCCAUGUGGACGAGAUCUACUGCAAGUCCUGCUACGGCAAGAAAUAUGGGCCAAAAGGCUACGGCUUCGGUGGUGGAGCCGGCGUGCUGAGCAUGGACACAGGAGAGGGAUUUGGAAUCAAACCUGAAGUACAAACGUCUUUCCGCCCGACAAACAACCCCAACACCUCCAAGUUCGCCCAGAAAACAGGCGGCUCAGACGUGUGUCCCCGAUGCGGCAAAACAGUGUACGCAGCGGAGAAGGUUAUCGGAGGAGGCAACUCCUGGCAUAAAGGAUGCUUUCGCUGUGCCAAGUGUGGCAAAGGGCUGGAGUCCACGACCGUCGCUGACCGAGACGGCGAGGUCUACUGUAAAGGCUGCUACGCAAAGAACUUUGGUCCCAAGGGCUUCGGCUUCGGUCAGGGUGCAGGAGCUCUGGCUCACUCCCAGUGAAGCCUGAAGCCUCGUCUCCCACCAUCAACUUGUGGCGUGUUUCUAUACCAUCGCUUCCAGGAUUCUUCGCCCCUGUCUGUCUUUAUUUCACACUGCACUUUCACUCCAGCUACAGAAGGAACAACAGAGGCACAAAAGCCAAUACGAAGCUGUUGUUGUUCACCAGCUCUUUACUGUGUGUUGCUAUAGAACAUAGUCUAAUUUAGUAGGUUAAAAUAGAAACAGACUGAAAUGUAACUCUGUUGGGAUGUGCUUAUUCUGUAUAUUUACUGUCUUUAACAGCAAAUAACCCUGCUCCAUCUUAGAAUAGAAAAUGGUCAUAAAGAGACACUCACAUGGUAUUAACACAGGGUUUCUGCAGUUUUCAACGAGUUUAAAACUUUAGGAUCGUUUCAAGACCCUGUUAAGACCUUAAUUAAUUAAAUUUAAGGCCCAUGUCAAGUUCAAAAGAUGUGAGAGAAUAUCUGUGUCCCAGAAAUGUUUUAGCUUUCCUUUGAUUGAAGUUGAGGUGAAGAAGCCUCGUAGAGAAUAACCCUCAAAAUGCUACGUUAUCUCUCAAACUACAGUCAGAGUCCCCAAGUAUCUUUGUCCCAGUUCAGAGGCCACACACUUCAGUGGAUGUGGUCCACAUGACCCACAAAGGAGUCGGCACCAUUACAUCUAUAAAAAAUAGUGUCAUACAAGGAGGAUCAACCACGAACCUUUGUUUCUCUGGGAUGAAAGGGCACGUUUGAAAGAGCCUUCAAAAUGAAACAGUAUUGUUGUGACGCAAUUGGUCUUUAAAUGCAGCCAAUGAAGGAUGUGGCCUCUGAAAUGAGUCGCAGCUCAAGAUUCACGCAUCACUUUCAUCAUAGCGUGGAAUAUUUUUAUAUAUUUGACACUAUUAAAACUCAGAUAAUUAAAUGCUAGACUUUUCUAGAUGCCUUGGAAACCCUGUAACAGAACUGAACAAUUACUGAGAUUGACUAAUACCUGAAAGAGUUUGUGUCUGUGAGUGGGAACAGACACGUCUCAGGACCGACCAACGGACCAGCAGCCUCACGUCUUGCUUCAAUCACAGAUACAAAUAUUUCCCCCUUACUGCCUUACAUGCCAAAUAAUGUAGAUACUCUCUUCUAAUAUGCAUUGUUUCUGAGGCACAAAAUAAAUA